CGCUCUCCGCCGCCGCCCGGCCCCGCCCGCCGCCGCCAUGGCCGGUAAGUCCCGCAGCGGCUGCGAGGCGCUGAAGGUGGUGGCCCGGUGCCGCCCGAUGAGCAGGAAGGAGGAGGCGGCGGGCUACGAGCGCGUCCUGGAGCUGGACGUGAAGCUGGGGCAGGUGAGCAUCCGAAACCCCCGCGCCGCCCCCGGGGAGCUGCCCAAGACCUUCACCUUCGACGCCGUCUACGACGCCAGCUCCAAGCAGGCGGACCUCUACGACGAGACGGUUCGGCCGCUGAUCGACUCCGUGCUGCGGGGCUUCAACGGCACCAUCUUCGCCUACGGCCAGACCGGCACCGGCAAGACCUACACCAUGCAGGGGGCCUGGGCGGAGCCGGAGAAGCGGGGCAUCAUCCCCAUCUCCUUCGAGCACAUCUUCACCCACAUCUCCCGCUCGCAGAACCAGCAGUACCUGGUGAGGGCCUCGUACCUGGAGAUCUACCAGGAGGAGAUCAGGGACCUCCUCGCCAAGGACCAGAGCAAGAAGCUGGAGCUGAAGGAGAACCCCGAGACGGGGGUGUACAUCAAGGACCUCUCCUCCUUCGUGACCAAGAACGUCAAGGAGAUCGAGCACGUGAUGAACCUGGGGAGCCAGACGCGCUCCGUGGGCAGCACCAACAUGAACGAGCACAGCUCCCGCUCCCACGCCAUCUUCCUCAUCACCAUCGAGUGCAGCGAGACGGGGCCGGACGGCGAGGAGCACAUCCGCGUGGGCAAGCUCAACCUGGUGGACCUGGCCGGCAGCGAGCGCCAGAGCAAAAUGGGGGCCCACGGAGAGCGCCCCAAGGAAGCCUCCAAGAUCAACCUCUCCCUCUCCGCCCUGGGCAACGUCAUCUCCGCCCUCGUGGACGGCAAGAGCACCCACAUCCCCUACCGGGACUCCAAGCUGACCCGCCUGCUGCAGGACUCCCUCGGGGGCAACGCCAAGACAAUCAUGGUGGCCACCUUGGGCCCGGCCUCCCACAGCUACGACGAGAGCCUCUCCACCCUCAGGUUCGCCAACAGGGCCAAGAACAUCAAGAACAAGCCCCGGGUGAACGAGGACCCCAAGGACACCUUGCUGCGGGAGUUUCAGGAGGAGAUCGUCCGGCUGAAAGCCCAGCUGGAGAAGCGCGGCAUGCUGGGGAAGAAGAGGAGAAGGAGCAGCCGGAGGAAGAAGGCGGUGGACGGAGAGAGCGCCACGGAGAACGAAGGGGAGGACGACAACGAGGACGGCCUGGAGAAGAACAUGGAGAAUUACUUGAAGGAGCAGAAGGAGAGGCUGGAGGAGGAGAAGGCCGCUAUCCAGGACGACCACAGCCUGGUGAGCGAGGAGAAGCAGAAGCUGCUGCAGGAGAAGGAGAAGAUGAUCGAGGAUCUGCGGAAGGAGCAGGAGGCCACGGAGCUGCUGGCCACCAAGUACAAGGCGAUGGAGAGCAAGCUGCUCAUCGGCGGCAGGACCAUCGUGGACCACACCAACGAGCAGCAGAAGAUGCUGGAGCUGAAGCGGCAGGAGAUAGCCGAGCAGAAACGCCGGGAGCGGGAGAUGCAGCAGGAGAUGUUGCUGCGGGACGAGGAGACCAUGGAGCUGCGGGAGACUUACACCUCCCUGCAGCAGGAGGUGGAGAUCAAAACCAAGAAGCUGAAGAAGCUGUACGCCAAGCUGCAGGCCGUGAAGGCGGAGAUCCAGGACCAGCACGACGAGUACAUCCGCGUGCGCCAGGACCUGGAGGAGGCGCAGAACGAGCAGACGCGGGAGCUGAAGCUCAAGUACUUGAUCAUCGAGAACUUCAUCCCACCAGAAGAGAAGAACAAGAUCAUGAACCGCCUGUACUUCGACGGUGAGGAGGACCAGUGGAAGUUCCAGCCGCUGGUGCCCACCGGAGGAAACAGCAACCAAAUGAAGAAGCGGCCUACCUCUGCAGUGGGGUACAAGAGACCCAUCAGCCAAUACGCCCGCGUGGCCAUGGCCAUGGGAUCCCAUCCUCGGUACCGGGCUGAGAACAUCAUGUUCUUGGAGCUGGACCUCUCCCCUCCGGCCAUCUUUGAGUUUGAGCGGAGCAGGGACCCGGCAGAGCAGGACCCCCGGGCUCUCCACCUGGAGAGGCUGAUGCACCUGGACAGCCUCCUGGAGCGGCCGGCGGCCUCCCGGGUGAGGAAGUCCCGCUCCUGGUGCCAGACGCCGCGGUCACUGCCAUCCUCAACCACGCAUGUCUCCCUCACCUCCAGCUCCCCAUGCACCGCCACGAUGCCAGCUCAGGAGUGACAUCCUUCACCCCCUCGCCCCCCACACCGCCUCGCAGCGAGGACUGUGCCCCGCCGACGGCCGAGGAAGGGGCCUCAGCCGGCAGCAUCUCCACCGGUCCCAGUUCGUCUUUGUCUUCAGCUACUUUGUGUGCGCGUGUGUUUGUGUGAGACGCUCACGAACAGCCCCCGGGGCGAGGGGAGCUGCCCCCUCCUUCCUUCUGCCCCCCCCUUCCCCGAUCUGGAUCUGUCACUUUAUUUAUUUAACGUAUUUAUUUAUGGAGUGGUUGAUGCGCAGCGUCAGGAGGUGCGUUCGGACUGGAGGACAUCCAAGGCUGGCAGUGGGCACCACGCCGACCCCUCCUCGGGUACGCUCGUCUCCCAGCCCUCCCCACGCCGCCACCGCAGCCCCCGUGCAGGGCUGGGGCACGGGGACACCGCUGGGGUGGGCACCACCGGCGUACUGCUCACCAUCGUGCUCCGCAGAGCAGGUGGGAGAGAGCACGUGCCCCUCUCUGGUGGCUUUGGCAGAAGGUGAGGCAGCCCCGGACACUGGUACUGCGUUUGCUUUGCUGGAUCCCAGGGAACUUGGCGAUUUCUACAAGGAUUUGGAGACCUCGUGGUGGCAGCACCUUGCGCUGGGCUUGUCAGAGGCCCAGAGGGACUCUCCAGCCUGCAUCAACACUGGUGGCAGCAAUGACAUCUCAUUGACUUCUUGCCAUGGCUGUCGCUCCAGGAAUGCCAGCUCCAUUCACCGAGAGAGCUUGCAGAUUAACCAAACCAAGCCAGUCCCGGUGACGCUGGGACUUUGUUCACCUGUGCCACGCUCGGGAGAUGGCUGGCCCUGUCCUCUUCGGUUGCCUGACACCCAGCUUGCUCCCAUCCCUGAUUAAGUGGGUGUUUAACUCCUUACAGCAAGAACAGGAGAUGGAAAUCUCCGUCCCCUUCCACCCACCCCUGCCAAAGACACACAUAGUCUGGGGAGCAAUGCUACCUAAGUGAAACCAGAGGUGAGCGUGUCCACCAUCCUGGCAACUAAAGGCAACGAAGAAAUGCAGGACACGAUGGUGAUGCCCAGAGGGGUGAUUUCAACAUUGCUGUCCUCUGGGCUGGGUAAUACCAUGUGGAGAUCACCUUGUAGUUGGGAGAAAUUUCCUGGUUAUUGCAUGGGUCAUGGAGGGAUGGACAUGAAAUGGGUAAUGGAUAGGAGGGGGCAAGCCAUAAGGCCACUCCGGCGACCUGAAACUCAUCCCAGGCAGCAGCGUGCGUAGGUGCCAGGACAUCACUCGGUGUUCCUGAGUGAUUCAGCUCUCAGCAAUUCGACUGAGGGAAGGUGGGUCCUUGUUGAAGACCAUUCCUGGCAGUGCCAGGCCAGCAGCUGUGGUUUCCCUGGGAUGGCUUCUGGAUGUGCGGAGGUGGGGGAGAUCCAUUUGUUUGACAAGAUCCUAAUGAAUGAGGGAGCAAGCCCCUGGUUGACAUGGGAGGAUACGGGUCUUCAGAGGGACGUACGCUGAGGCCGGUCCCUGGGAAGGCACAUCUGAGAAGAUGUGCCGGUAGGGACUGUCUUCUGGCAUCUUCUUGAUAGUUGCCCUCUGCCACCAUCUUCCCUGCCUGUGUCCCGUAACACCUUCCGCCUCUUUGAAAUCUUUGUCCCCUUCUCCCGCACCCCAGCAGCUGGCUUGUAGGCGAUUUUGGAAGCUGACAUUGCUCCCAGGACUGAGCUCACUCCCUUCGAGCAGCAGCCAGGUCUGGUUAGUGCUCAGCCUGGGGAGGAGGGUGCGGGAUGAAAGGUGUUUUAGGAGUGAGAGAUCGGUCCCUUCCGUGGCUUGGGGUGAGGUCCUUCUGUCCGCAGGUACCGCCAGCAGCCAGGGGGUUGUCCGUGUGCAUCCCCCGGAGCAGGCUAGCUCCAGGCCCGUGAAACACGGUGGGUGAGAGUUUAUUUAGUUUUCAGGAUAGCGUCUGGGAGUCAGCGUCAGGAAGCACAGACCUCAGGAAGGGGAGAAGCUGUCUGCAGGGUGACCCGCAGGAAUAUAUUUUCCUCCCUUCCUUGUUUUCUAAUUGCCCCAAGUUCACCUUCAGCCAGAUCAGCAGCUCGCGGAGCCCGAAGCUGAUGAACCGGCGACAGUCUCUUUUACCUCCGUUCUCUACCCAGGGCAUGGGAAACAAAGCUCAAGAGCUGAUGGAGUCCUCUCGUUCCCCCCCGGCUUGCCCCAGGCCAUGGAGCAUCAUGUUGAAGGGUGGAUGUUCUCCACACCCAUCUCCCAUGGCACGCGUUGGUCCUCAUGUGUGUCAUGGCAAAGGACAGGUCCAGGUCCAGCAGGAUUUUGGGCACGGUGGGAUCCACGUGGAAGCCCUUCCAGCGGAGCACAGGACCGGCAUCUGUGUACCUGGUGCAGGGGACGGGCUGAGCUGCUUUCAACGUCCAAGUGCCGCUUGUAAUGCAUCUAUCGUGCGCGUGGGUCCAGCAAUGUCCCGGCGAUCGCUCUGCCUCGCUCCACCGCUGCCGACAACCUCCCGACCUCCUUAGCACAAACCCCAAGGAAGGUUGUAAGCAGAUGCCGGUGAUUUAAGCUGAGGCCGAGCGAGCUCGCGGCGGUGUUUUCCCUCUGCCUCGGGUGGCUCCGCAGCCUCUCUGCAUCGCUGCAGCAACCCCAGAUGUAUAUUUGUAAUGUUCUUUGGUCUUUGUAUGUUGGUGCGUGUGUAUUUACAUAUGAGUGUGUGUAGGUGUGUGUGGGUGCGCGCGCGCGUGUAGCCAAGGGAUCUAUUUACCGUCAAUGUGAGUGACUGUACAGGGGGCAAAUCCCAGAGGGGGGGGACAGGGCUGGGCUGGGGCUUUUUUUUUUGUUGUUUAAUUGUUUGUUUAGUUAUUUUGGAUUUCAGGCUUGGACCUUUUUUUUUUUUUCCAAGGGGGUGGGUUCGGAUCUGUUUCGGAUUGAUUGACAAGGUGAGGGCCUUGAUUAGGACCAAAUUUUUGUGCCUGUUGCUCUGGUGAUUUAUUUAGAAAUCAAAAGUUUACUGUAUGGUGGCCCAUCCUUGUCACUCUAUACAUAUGAAUAUACAGGACAUAUUAUAAAUAUAUAUAUAUUAUACAUACUGUAUGGAGAGAGGUCAUUAAUCUCACACUCCCUCUGGCUUUGGAUGGACACCUCUUCAAUAUGCUGUAAUGUAGCUUUGACCCAGUGCUGGGAACAACCAGAAAGCUCCAGCACCCUUCAAAACCUGGCAAUGACACCAAUAAAGGAAUGAGCAUCAUUGCAAA